CAACGACGUGAGAAAAAUUGCCGGACUCUACUGCCUCACAUUCUCCGUCACGCAGCCCGGCCCGUCACGCGUGAAUCUGCCAAGAGCGUGGCGUGUUCGUGGCGUGUGGGAAAGAUGUAAGAAUAUGAUUGGCCACUGGUGGUCAAGAGCGUCCGACCUUUGAGGUUGGCAAAACGACCGCGUCCGUCAACUUGCAAGAAGUCAUCAUUCGAAUUUAUUAAUACAGUUGAAUCAGAAUGUCUGACAAAGGCGACAAUCAAGCGGUACUAUCUGAAAUAACGGAGAAAACAGUUAAAAGACGUGGACGCGGAAAGAAAAGAACGCCAACGAAAGUUAUCAGAAAGUCUAAAAAGCGAAAACAGAAUGGGACAAUAGAAGAUUUGUUGGCAAGUGGUGAACCCCCUGUUCCUCCACAAGGAGUGCUUCAUCCUACACACUCGCUGCCACAGCCUCCAUGUACAGUGCCUCAACCACUACAAACAGUGCCACAGCCUUCACAUGUAGUGCCACAGCCUCUGCAUGCAGUACAGCUGCUUCCAAAUAUGAUGACUCAGACUCCACGUACUGUACCACCAACAGUUCCUCACCCUCCACAUUCAAUACCUCAGCCUGCACAUACAGUACCUCACCCUCCACAUACAUUUCCUCAGCCAGCACAUGCAGUACCUCAGCCUACACAAACAGCACCUUCCCUUUCACAUCAUGGUUCUAUUGAGGGUUCUUCACAUCCAUCAAGUGUCCAAUUCGCAGUGCCUCCCAAUUUCUUUCCUUCACCAAUGUUAAACAGCACACUGCAAACUCCUCUGCAGCAUGGUGUUCAGCCUUCUUUGACAGCCUCCCAGUCUUCCACCAUGAGCUUACUUAGUGCUCUUCAAGAUGACAAACUGGGACUGAUACUACCCAUGUUAGUGAGGAUGGAGCACAAGAUUGAUCAGCUUAUGGCAAUGAUGGGAUCUAAAUCAAAUACUGGAAUGACUGGGCUCGAAAUUGGAAACCAAUCAAAUGCCACAACAGCAGGAAGCCAGUCUAAUGCCACAACAGUGAGAUGCCAAUCAGCUGCCACAACAGUUGGAAACCAGUCAAAUGUAACAGCAAUGGGAAACCAGUCAUAUUCCACGGCGGCAGCCAAUCACAUCCAUCAGAAUGCUGACAUUAUAGGAAACCAGUUAAAUUCCUCUACGAGGGGAACCCAGAGAAAUGCAACCAUGAAUAACCAGACAAACACAAAUGUUGUGAGCACUAAUCAGUCAAAUGUUACCUCAACAGCAACCCCGUCAAAUAACAACGCGCUUGCACCUCAGUCUAACACUGCGGCGAUAGCAGUCCAGUCGAGUGUCUCAACGAUGGAAAGCCAAUCAAAUACCAGCUCGAAUGGCACCACGUUGAAAAACCAGGGAGAUGGAGACACCGCGAUGGGAAGCCAACUUAAAGCCCUUACAUCACUGUCAUCAUUUGUUCUCUCAAAUUCACUCCCUGGAAUGACGGCCAGUCAACGCAUUCGGCUUGAAAUGGCCAAGAUAACUGAACAAACCUUGCCAGAUGAUCUAAACUUGCCAAUAUCGCGCGAUGAGCUCAUUGCCUUGCAAGCCAAGUCCACUUCUACGAUGAAUUUUGCCGUGCGACUGUUGCGCGAAUUGUUCACGCGAGAGGAGCUAAUUGGAAGAAACAUUUCUGGAGUCCGAGGUAAAGACAGAGUAGAUCCUGCCAGGAUUGCAAUAAUCAAAGAAAUCGUGUUCAAGAUUUAUCGAACAUCGCCAUCAGACAAAGAACUGCUGUGGAGGUAUUGCCACAAAGCGAUGGAUUCGUUUUUGCGUAAGAUGCAACGCCCAAUUGUGAUUCAAGACCAGGAAUCUACGUCGUGAUUUCUUGCCUUUUUUCGGUGUACAAAAUAAUCAAAGGGAACCGAGCGUCAAAACAAAUGGGUUUAUAAGAGAGAAAAACACUAAAAGAGUGACGAUAAAGUGAUUAUAAAAAGGAAUACAUCACUUGCAAAAAUAUUUCGAACGAUUUUAAUUUCGGACAUAAAAAGUGUCCAAAAAUAAAACCGUCCGAAAUUUUUAAGCGUCCGAAAUA